UAUAAUGCCCGCCGGUCAAAAGCUCAAAGAAUAUGCCGGUGUUGCAGCCGUCGUGGCCAUCAGUCCACUCAUCCUCAUCUACGUCGGCACUCACAAGAUGUCCAGGUUAUAUGAUACAUACACGAGUGACGAGCCACACAACAAAGCAAUCCGCCAGGAGCGCAGAAACCGACGCAGAAACUCGCUGAGUCACAGCGACGCCCAGGAUUCCGAAUUUCCAAAAGAGAGCAGCACGGCGCGUUUCGGGUUUUCGAGCUGGGCUCGGAAGCCCGACCUCAACAGGCAACUACAAUCCAGAAUCUUUUCAUUACCCGCGGAAAUCCGACUUCAGAUCUACGAGGAAGUAAUGAUAGUGGAGCCUUUGGUGCAUAUUGAUAGCGAUAUACGAAUUGCGAAGUGCAGGGAUGCGCAGUGUCUGCCUAGACUCACAUAUAAAUCUCAAGCGGAUGGGUUUACGGAAGAGCAGAUAGCACUGGCGAGAAACCAUUUACCGUGUCUCGAAGGGACCAAUUAUAUUUACAGAUCUCCUUACGAGAAUAUUUGGGACGACUCUGCCACAAAGAAAACUCGGGAGGAUGGAAGGAAUAAGCACGGCAUUAUCGCAUUGCUACAAAGCUGUCGCCGCAUAUACACCGAAACCAAACCCCUCCUCUACACCAAAAACACCUUCAUAACAACCCUCGAUACCCCCUUCCUAACCUUCACCAAAUCCCUCCCCCAACCCCACCUCACACUCAUCCGCAACCUCGUCCUCUUCCUCCCCAGCAACCCCGACUACGACCCCGGCUACAAAGUCAGCAUGGGAUAUUCCUGGACCCCAACUAUGCGCGUCCUCUCCCAAAUGCCCAAUCUGCACCGCUGCCUGCUGCACGUGCACACGGGCCUCGAUAUGCGCGAUCACACGUCCGAUAAAUAUAAAAUGCAGGACCUCCUCUCGGGACUCAAGAAACUCCCCUCGAAAGAUAUUUUUGUGGUGGAUUGGGUGUACGACAGUGAUGUUGAGCGAAGGAUAAAUUCGUGGGGGACCACAGUCGUGAAAGAAUUAGACGACAAAGACCCGUUUGCGAGCUGGAUGGAGGUUUUUCGGCCUGCGGAGCGGAAGAAGGCGGUGCAGGAGGAGGAGAGGGAGAGGGCGGCGAGGAGACAGCGCAAGAUUGCGAAGAGGGAUACGGUUGAUGAUCAUCUUACUGUACCGAAGCAUAAAGUGGGUAGGAUACGGUAGAGAAUUUUGUGUUGUUUAUUGGGACUAGGUAGGUUAUGAUCAGUCUGGAAGACUCGUGUAAAGUAGCUAAUAGCGCACUGAAGGUGGAAAGUAGCGGUGAUCUAAGGCAUGGCGACAUCUUGGAUAUCUUGGAUGGCAUUGACAUACUCUCGGAUCGGUCGCGAACAAUGUAUCGAGGGUAUAGGUAACUGUGUAU